AUGUCAGGAUACUCUAACGUUGGCACAUCUGGCGUUUACGAGGCUGGUGACCAGCGGAACGUCAAGAAAUCCGAGGUGCAGCAGGCUGAGCGAUUCAACGAGGGACAGAAGGGAUCACACAGCAACCUUGAUUCAAAGGACGAACGCUCCAUCGCCAACAGGCUAGCAGCGGAAGAGCAAAAGUCAGAUCCCGGCGAUGACAGAGAAACGGCUGCCUUGAAAAAGGACCCAACACUUCCUGCCAAAUUGCACGGCAAUGAGCCAUCACGAGGGGCCAAGGUCGACGCUGAAAUCGCAGCCGAAGAGGAAGAGUACCUACAACGGAAAGGCAAGGCUUAA